AUGGCUUGUACUGGCGCACCCAGGACCCCAGUGCGGCCGCGUACAAGAGAGAUAAUUGACCCUAGACUCCAUGUGUGUCUAGCUUACCCUUUACUUGAGGCCAACCGCUCAACUAUAGAGUCUAUCAGACGUGUAACUUUCACGUAUGGGUCGUCAGAUGUUCACAAGCUUGACGUUUACUACCCCUCGUUGUCAGGAUCUGGCGACGGGCUUCCACCGAUCCUUAUCUUUUUUUAUGGUGGUGGACUAGUUCGUGGAGCACGCUCCUCCCCGCCUUCUAACCUUGUACAUAACAACCUUGGUGCCUUCUUUGCGUCCAGAGGCAUUCUCGUCGUGAUUCCCGACUACCGUUUUGUUCCUGGGAUCACCUUUCCUCAGGGCUCAGAAGAUGUGCGCGACGCAAUUGAAUGGACAAUCAAAAAUGUUGCUGAGGGUGACUCAAACCGUGUGUUUCUUCUCGGUCACUCUGCGGGUGGCUUGCACUUGGCCUCUUAUUUGCUCCUACCCUCUCUAUUCCUGUCUUCUUCUGCACUCGGUUGUGUACGUGGUGUCAUACUGAUGGGCGUCCCUUGUGAGAUCUCGCCAUCUCGUCCUCAAUUCUACUCCGUCGCGCAAACGUAUUACGGAAAUGCCAGAAAGGUUGCGGCCAAUUAUCCGCUGAGCCUGCUUCGUCGGGCAUAUGAAUCACACAUCCUUUCACUCCCUCCGUUCUGGAACGUCAUGGCGGGAAGCGAACCACGUGCGAUAUCGGUUUCGAUGCAAACAUUUACUCGGGAAUUCAAGAGCAGGGGAGGUACUAUCGAGGAAUUCGUUCUGGAAGGUCACGACCAUUUGAGUCCCAUCCUGGCCCUUAGUUCGGGUAGUGGCGAAGACUGGGGUCUCGACGUUGUGAGAUGGAUUAUCGGUGGUCUAUAUAAUGAAGCAGCAGCUACAAUGGACCUCAGCCACCAUGCGCCACCUACAACAGCCGAAGACACCAAUCAUCCCAGCGCUGUAUUAGAUCUGCCGGCUCUAAACAUCUGAGACUGCGACAAGCUCUGGUCGAACCCUCUUCACACAGUUUUACUGGAAAGAGACACAUUAUGAAGUGUUGGGACACUGUGGAAUCGAGUAUCUGAUCCAAAACCAUGCAAUCAAUCCGAAAUCAAACUCGUUUAUUUGUUGCACAGACACAGAUAAAGACGCAUCUUUCGCAGGCACGCUCUCAACACUAUCACGGUCAGUCCCGGUCAACUGAUUGUACGUCCCCUGGAAACAUAAGACAGAUCUAAUAUCCAGACUAGUACUGCGACUCCGGUUCUUGAACGUGGCGGCGUUUUGGUGUUACACCUUCCAUUAAGGUUGGUAAUUCGAGUCGUGUCCGAAGAAAAAAAGUUAGGAAGUACUAGCGUUAUGAAUUCUGAUUUCGCAAUAAUACAAAAUUUGUCCUAAGGUCAGUUUGCAGUGGGGGGCGGCGGUUUGUACAUAAAGUACAUAUGCAGUUAUCGGUGUG